CUUCUCUUUCAACUUUCAAUCUUAUCCACUCUUUUUUUCUUUUUCUUUUUUUAAACAGAUUCUAUCUCUUAUUCCCUUUACCCCCAGCCUGGUGCUGUUUUUGCCUCUCUGUAAGGGGACCCUUCUUUCUUUUGACUCCCAACCUCUUCACCCCCACGAAUUGUCUCUGAACCCACUUCGGUUUUAGCCAGUCACUCCUUCCCGUCCGCCUCGUUCAGGACCCAACAAUCAACAAACAACUCUUAUAUACAACGACGUCGCUCAUCGCCCUUCUCUUUUUUUUCCCCCGACCAUUAUCAUAUCAAUUCUAUUCCACAACCUAACCCAAUAAAUCCAACAAAAUGGCCAAAUUCAGGCCUAGCAACAUCCUAGGCGAUCCGUUCGCGCUCAUGACCGUCUCGAUUUCAAUUCUGGCAUGGCUCAUUGCUUUCAUCUCAUCUAUCAUUGCCGAUAUCCAAACCGAAUAUCCCAAUUACUCAUGGUGGGCCAUCUCAUACAUGUUUUGUGUCAUUGUGGGCCUCAUCACGACUUUUGGCACUGACACGGGCCAUGUUUAUGGCGUCGCGAUCGUCGGUUACCUUGCUUGUGGCCUCGUCCUAUCAUCCACGAGCGCAAACAAUCUGAUCUACGGAAAACAAGCCUCCAUGCAAGCCGCCGGCGCAGGCUUCAUUCUACUUUCCAUGGUCAUCAUCAUCUGGAUCUUCUACUUCGGCUCCACACCCCAGGCCACCCACCGCGGCUUCAUCGACUCUUUCGCCCUGAACAAGGAACAGCCGGCCGAGCCCUCCUACCGCGGUAGCCGCCCCAUGUCCAGCGCAUUCGGCGCCCGCCCAGAUACCAUGGCGACCAACAACACUCCGCAGAUGUACACCUCUGCCCAACUAGGCGGUUUCGAGACUUCGUCCCCCGUCUCCGGAUACCCCGGUGGCGCGCCCGGCGCCGAACGAUCAUCCUCUGCGCCUCGUUUCGGUACCCCCAACCCCACGACUCAGGGUAAUGGCGAGCAAGAAGUGGGCGAAGUACCCCAGCCAACAGACUACCCUUACCGGGCCAAGGCGAUCUACUCAUAUGACGCCAACCCGGAAGAUGCCAAUGAAAUCAGUUUCGCCAAGCACGAGAUCUUGGAAGUAUCCGAUGUGAGCGGCCGAUGGUGGCAGGCUCGGAAGCAAAAUGGAGAUACUGGCAUUGCGCCCUCGAACUAUUUGAUCCUUCUGUGAUCUUUGGUCCGUAUGCAUGAUGUCUUUUUUCUUUCUGUUUGUCCGAGUUUCUUGUCAUUUUUCCCGUCGCAAAAUAUGUUUCCCUUCCCCUUGAUACCCUUCGGAUCCAACCUCGAUGUGUGUGUAUUUUUUUUGGUUCCUUUUAACGUGAUGUCUUGAUGGCCUCCUUUUUCUGUGUUGUAUGUCCUUUCUCUUCUUGGUACG